AAUAAUUAUAACACAAUAAUAAAUUCCCUUUAUUUGGCUGAAGGGAAACAAAUAUACAUUAUAAUCAUUAAUUAUAUAAAUAAAGAAGCUAUUAUUAAGAAGUUUGCAAUGGAAAAGGAGGGCAGAAAGAUGGAUUAUGAUGAUAAUAAGGGGAAAAAAGAUGGAGAAAAAUGGGUUUAUGAUUCCUCCGUGGAUAGCAAAGGAAGAGUUCCUCUCAGAGCUUCUACUGGCGUCUGGAAAGCCUCCUUCUUCAUCAUUAUAAUAGAGUUUGCUGAGAGGCUGAGCUUCUUCGGCAUAGCGACGAAUCUGAUAACGUAUCUCGCGAGAGUGAUGCAAAAUGACCUGAAAACCGCCGCAAAGAACUCAAACUACUGGACGGGGGUCACGACGGUGAUGCCAUUGGCGGGCGGCUACCUAGCCGAUUCCCACACCGGCCGCUUCUUCGUGAUCGUCUUCUCUUCCUUCUUGUACCUCAUGGUAUGUAUACAUAUUAGUGGACUGAGUCUACUCACAGCCACACAAUUCAUCCCCGGCCUCAAAUCAUGCAACCUCCCGAACUGCCGCGGAGGCGGCGGCCGGCCGCCGAGGAGGGCGCACAAGGCCGCCUUCUACCUGGCAAUCUACCUAAUAUCUCUGGCGACGGGAGGGUUCAAGCCGUGCCUGGAGAGCUUCGGGGCGGACCAGUUCGACGACAGCCACCGGGAAGAGAGGAAGCAGAAGAUGUCCUUCUUCAACUGGUGGAACGUCUCCCUCUGCUGCGGCCUCUUGCUCGGCGUCACCGUCGUGUCUUACCUGGCGGAGUACGUCGGCUGGGGAGCCGCCGCCGCCGUCCUCACCGCCGCCAUGGGGAUUUCCACUCUGGUUUUCUGCUCCGGACGGCCGUUUUUCCGGUACAGAUUCGCCGCCGGCAGUCCCCUGACGCCCUUGUUACAGGUGAUCGUCGCUGCCGUUGCAAAAAGGAAGCUCGAUCAUCCUCCCACUCCCGAAAUGCUGUAUGAAGUUGAGAAAUGUAAGAAUCCCACAACCAGACUUCUCUCCCACACCAACAGUCUAAGGUUUCUUGACAAAGCAGCAAUCAUGGAAGAUGAUGUUGAAGCUAGUACUAGUGAGAAACAGAGUCCAUGGAGGCUGGCAACAGUGACUCAGGUUGAGGAGACCAAACUGGUACUGAACAUGGUUCCCAUCUGGCUAACCUCCGUGAUGCUAGGAGUCUGCAUGUCCUUCGGCUCAACCUUCUUCGUCAAGCAAAGCACCGCCAUGGACCGCCACGUGGGCCCCCACGUGGAGAUCCCACCGGCAAGCAUCUACGCGCUCUCCGCCGUUGGCCUCCUGUUGUCCGUCAUCGCCUACGAGAAGGUCCUCGUGCCCGUCCUCAGGAAACGGACGGGCAACGAGAGAGGCAUCUCGAUUCUCCAGAGAAUCGGGGUCGGGCUCGUCCUCAACGUCGUGGGAAUGACGAUCGCGUCCGUGGUCGAGAGAGAGAGGGUGAUGAGAAGUAGUAGGGGUGCUCCGUCCAUGAGCGUCUUCUGGCUCACGCCUCAGUACAUGGUUCUUUCCAUCGGGGACGGUUUUAGCCUCGUCGGGCUACAAGAGUUCUUCUAUCAUCAGGUUCCCGAUUCGAUGCGGAGUUUGGGGAUGGCAUUUUACCUCAGCGUGCUCGGAGUCGGGAGCUUCUUGAGUAGCUUCUUGAUAUCGGUUGUGGAUAGAGUAACCGAGAAGCACGGGGGGAGUUGGUUCGGGGCGGAUAUGGACCGUAGCCGAGUAGACAAGUUCUAUUGGCUGAUCACCGCCAUGACUGCACUGGAUUUGUGCUUGUAUCUCUUCUUUGCACAUAGGUACACUUACAAGAAUGUGCAUGGAACUUUGGAUGAUGAUGAUAAUGCAGACCUUCAAAUGACAGAUUCUGCUGAAUGAGAGGAAAAAAACAGUGAUAUUAAAACAAUGCUUGUGUUUUAAAUUUUGUUGUGUUUUUGUGUUAUAAGAGGUUUGUAAUAAAUGCACUUAGAAAGGGAAAUGGUCUAUGGCAUAAAGCCAUAAUAUAAACAAGCUCAAAGUCAACAUCAUGGCUUAUUUGCAAAUAAACAUUGAAUUGAGUUGAAAAGGCCACAUUAUGAAUUUUGUUGGCUCCUUUUCUUUACCUUC